UCGCGUCGAGGUGAUGUUUUAAAACGAAAAACAUAAAAAACAGUAAAUAAUUAAAAAAAAACAUAAUUAAAUCAAAUCAAAUUAAAUUUUUAAGGAUAACCACUCAUUCAAACGACAACAGUAAAACUCAUCUAUACAUUAAUGAACUUAGUCCUGGAUUAAUAAAAAAACAAAAAAACUAGAAGUGAAAAAUUCCUGCCAUAUAUUCGUUACCACAAUAUUUUCAUACAUUUAAAGUGCUCUCCAAUUCUCUUAGUGAAUAAAAAAUUAAAAAAAGAGAUAAAAAUUAUUCUCGUAUAACAUAAAAAAUAACUUUAAUUUUUCAAUUUAAAAAAGAAAAAUUCUCUGAAAUUAAUCUUUAAACAAAAUAAUCGAAGUUUUUUAUUUUUGAAAAUGAGUAAAUUAAGCCGUCAAUUAUCAGAUUUAUCAGAUUUAAGUGCUAGUGAAUUGAAUGAAGCAAUUGAUGAUACCAAUUUUCCUCAUACUAAUGUUACAACACAAUGUGGUCGUAGUAAUAAUAGUAGCAAAAUUUAUGAGAUAAUACAAAAUGAUGGUGAGUCAUCUGAAAAUGAUAUAACUGAUAUUAAUAAUCAUUCAUCAUUAAAUGAUAUAACUGAAACAACAACAAAAAUUAUUAAUGGAUUAAUUAAUAACAAUAAUAAUAAUAACAACAGCAAUAACAAUAUUAAAAGUACAUUAAAUAUAGAUACAAAUAAAAAACCGACACGUGAAGCUUUAUUACCUGAACUAUCAUCAUCAUAUCGUUUAUUAUUAAGUGGUUUAGGUGAGGAUCCAACACGUCAAGGUCUAUUAAAAACACCAGAACGUGCUGCAAAAGCAAUGUUAUUUUUUACAAAAGGAUAUGAUCAAAGUAUAGAAGAUGUUCUUAAUGGAGCAAUAUUUGAUGAAAAUCAUGAUGAAAUGGUUGUUGUUAAAGAUAUUGAAUUUUUUUCAAUGUGUGAACAUCAUUUAGUACCAUUUUAUGGUCGCGUAUCAAUCGGCUAUUUACCAUGCAAUAAAAUUUUGGGCUUAAGUAAAUUAGCUAGAAUAGUUGAAAUAUUUUCAAGGCGUUUACAAGUACAAGAACGUUUAUCAAAACAAAUUGCGGUUGCUGUAACACAUGCUGUACAACCAGCUGGUGUUGCUGUCGUUAUAGAAGGUGUACAUAUGUGUAUGGUAAUGCGUGGUGUACAAAAGAUUAACAGUAAAACUGUAACAUCAACAAUGUUAGGUGUUUUUCGUGAUGAUCCAAAAACCCGUGAAGAAUUUUUAAAUUUAGUUAACAAAUAGUAAAAAAUAUUGAAAGAGGACAAAAAAAAAGAAAUAAUAAAAAAAAUAAAAGAACUCAGAAAUCUGAAAUGGAUUUUUAAAUUGGAGUAGAAUGAAUUAUUAAAAUAUUAAGCAAUAAUGAAAAAAAGUUUACAAAUAAGAAAAUUCUGCUUAUCCUUAAAUUAGCAAUACACUCCCCUUUUCAAUUUUCUUAAAUAUGUCAACCUACACACGCGUAUCACUGGUUUUCUUUCAAACAAAAAAAACAGCAAAACAAAAUAAAGUUAAUGUGCAAUAUUUUAAUAAAAAAAUUAUUAUUAAUAUUAAAAUUCUAUCUAAGUAUUGUAAUUGAAUUGUAAAAAAUCUAAUAUUAAAAGUUAUGUAUAAUAAAAUGAAGAAAAAAAUU